AUGAGCGGUCGGGCUGCUGAUGAGACCAGGGACGUGUCAACCUCGGCCUUCGAUUUCGACGAGCCCGAGACAGCCAAGGAGGCCAUUGAUCUGGGCCUCGUGCUCUGCAAGCAGGACAAGUGGGCCCAGGCGCUGCCCGUGUUCCAGAAGGCGCUGACGCUGCCUGGCACUGGCGUGAAGCGCUUCAGGGACAAGCCGCGCCUCGUCAGCGACGGCGAGAAGAUGGCGGCGCUGUUCAACAUCGCGUGCUGCCACUCGCGGCUGGGGGAGGCGCGGGAGGGGCUGCUGGCGCUGUCAGCGUCCAUGGAGGCGGGCUACGCGGACUUUGACCAGAUCUUGACCGACCCCGACCUGGAGCUGAUUAGGCAGGACCCCCGGUUCUCGGCCCUGGUGCAGCGAUUCCAGCCGAAGGCUGGCAACUUCUUCGGCAUCAAGAUGCCGUGGUAA